AUGUACCUAUUCUUCCAGAUUUUCUUCACCCCAAUGACGUCACCAAUCCGAUGUCUCGUAUUCCUCUUCACCCUGCCACGUGUCAUACAAACUCUACACGUGUUGUUUUACAUAUUGCUCCUUGGAAAGUCCCAUAUAGACUUUACGGACUCACUUAUAGAGUCUCUAGUGGAAAAUGGACAUACUGUGGAUUUAAUAAUUGCUAGAAUGAAUAGUCACGUGAAAAGCAAUGGAACAAAUAUGGUGACAAGGAAGUAUACUUACGGAUUUCAGGAAGAAAGCCCUUGGAACAAGGCACCUCAUCUGCUGAACCCAUUUAAAGGCCGGGAACGAACAUGGAAUGAGCAUACGUAUUACAUGGAUAUUGUCACGGACCUUUGUGAAAUUGGGCUCUCCGACGCGGGCCUCCAUGCUUUUAUAUCAUCCCAGAAGUACGAUAUAGGAAUUGCUACGGAGUAUGAGAAUUGUGGAGUUGCACUGAUGAAGUACUACAAGAUCCCAUCAAUUGUGUCGGUUAGCUCACUUCCGAUUCUGGACCGGCAGAGUCUGGCAGCAGGAAUGCCGAACUCUCCUGCGGUUACUCAAGCAAUCUUCGAAGCUGAAGACCUUACCACAUACUGGGGAAAGUUCAGAAACUUCCUAAACUGGGCACACAUCACCCUGAUCAUCAAUCCCUACUGCGAAAAACAUCAGUCAGAGGUUAUUAAAAAACACCUCGGCGAAAACUUUGACACUUCUAACCUCAUCGAAUCACUCGAUUUGGCAUUUGUCAAUUCCAAUGAAUUAAUUGAGACACCACGUGUCUCUAGCCACAAGAUUAAGUAUAUCGGAGGAAUCAACUUGAAGAAGAGCAAGGAUCGGUUGGAUGAGGAGGUGGAGAAAGUGAUCACGCAGAAGCCAAUCGGGAAUGGGAUUGUGGUGUUUUGCUUUGGAACCCAGGUUCCAUCCUCCCUCUUCCCCAUCGAGGUCCGCCGGGCCUUUGCCCAGGCUUUCCGCCACUUCCCAGACUUUACAUUUGUCUGGAAAUACGAGAUGCAAGAUGGGGACGAGCAGAUCUUCGCGAACACAACUAACCUGAGACUUCUCAAAUGGCUCCCGCAGACUGAUUUGUUGAACGACGCUCGCACCAAGGCCUUCAUCUCGCACGUCGGGCUGAACUCCUACCUGGAAUCCUCCUACGCGGGGGUUCCGAUUCUUGCAGUUCCCCUGUUCGCGGAUCAACCUCACAAUGCGUUCUCGGGGAUGUCAAUUGGGACAACUUAUAUGCUGGAUAAGACACGGUUGACUACCCCGAACAUUGUGAAGGGAUUGGAGGCAGUUCUGUAUGAUUCGAGCUACACCCUUAACGCCAAACGGAUUUCAAAAAUGCUCCAUGAACGUCCAAACCCGCCCAAGAAAAUUUUCGUUGAGUGGAUCGAAUUUGCCUCCCGAAACCCCCUACUUCAUCGGAAUCUCAACCUUAUUGGACAAAAUAUGUCCGUUUUUGAAUAUUACUGUUUGGAUAUUAUUAGUUUUUGUAUAUUAUUAUUAUCAAUUGUAAUUAGUGUGUUCUAUUUGGGCACUGGAUGGGUGUCCAGGAUGGGCCGACGGGUAUUUGGAAUUUUGAAGAAACGAAAAGUUGAAUGAAUUCUUUGAUUUUUUUUCUUCAAAAUCUAGUUUUCCACUCCAUAUUUAUAAAAAUGUUGAA